CAAAUAAGCCCAAAAGUCGAUAAGUCCGCGCACCAGACAGCUGAUGAAAAAUUUUAUAGGAGGAAAUAUAAACGAAGGGUAAAAUCAACCACUUUCAGUACACGUAUACAGGUAAACCAAUUUGAUGCUUGGCGCAGCAUUUAGAUGUGGUGGCACUUAUUUGCAGCGUGACCUGUCCAAGUUCAAUUAUCCAACAGCCUUAUCCGCCUGCCGUCAAAUUAUCGCAACACAGCAGCAAUUACUAGUACCUACGCGGUUUUAUAACAAAUCAGUUGUACAUUUAUUAAACAACAAAGUAGUUGCACACUGUUCCAACGCCAAAUUAAAUCAACGCAAAAUGCCAGCAGAACAGAAGCCUCAAAUCGUUUUUGUAUUGGGUGGUCCCGGUGCUGGUAAAGGAACGCAAUGCUCCAAAAUUGUAGAGCGUUACCAAUUUGUACAUCUCUCUGCGGGCGAUUUGUUACGGGAGGAACGUGCUCGUCAGGGUUCUGAAUAUGGUACGCUAAUUGAAGAUUACAUACGCAAUGGUAAAAUUGUACCCGUUGAAGUGACAUGCUCGCUGCUCGAGAAAGCGAUGCAGAACUCUGGCCAACACAAAUUCCUUAUUGAUGGUUUUCCACGUAAUCAAGAUAAUCUGGAUGGUUGGACACGACAGAUGGGCGAUAAAGUAGAUUUUCAAUUUGUCUUAUUCUUCGAUUGUGGUGAAGAUAAGUGCGUGGAACGUUGCUUGUCGCGAGGUCAAAGUGGUUCUGGUCGCAGUGAUGAUAACUUGGAGAGCUUAAAGAAGCGCAUACAAACGUACAACAAUGAUUCAUUGCCAAUUAUCAAACAUUUCGAACAAUUAGGAAAAGUGAAAAAAAUCGAUGCUAGUCCAAUAGCUAAUGAAGUAUUUAAGCAAGUUGAAGAAGUAUUUGCAGCUGCUGGUUUCAAGUAAACCUACUCGUAGUAAUUUAAUAAACUACGCUACCUGGCGUUAUAAUAUGGCGGUAUAAUGAUGCGAAAAUCGUUACAAAAGAUCAUUAACUUAUUUUAAAAUGGAUAUUAGAAAAUAAAAUACUUAAUUAUACAAACACUACAUACAUGUGUGUACUAGGUAUAUACGAUAUGAAAGUUUUACGAAUGCUAGCAAAAUGUUAUAAAAAAGUAUUUAACACAAAACAGAGUUAAGUGUGGCUACAAUAUUAACUUUCUGUGUAUUUGUUGACCAUGUUUAAAUUAAAUAUAUUUAAUAUAUAUAUAUUCAUUCAUUGGUGGUUCACCUAUGAUGUCAGUACGUUGAGGUCAGUUUGAGGGCAAUUUUAAAAUGAAAUGUAUGAAAUUUGGCUUAAGACACGCAAAUAAAUUUCAUGAAAAGUAAAUACGUAUGUAUCUACUUAAAGUUUUUGAUAAUAGGGCAAAGCCGUAGAUAAAAGGCAAAAGCAAUAUUUGCAAAUCAUUUAUCAGUAAGUAUGUACUUAAAAGUUAUAAAAUAUACGAAAAAAUAAUCUGAAAGGGUGGAUUUUCAGACGAACUCAACUAUAAACGCAAACUUUUGUACUUUAAACGACCAUAUGUAUGUACACAUAUGUAGUAAGUAUGUAUGUACAUAUAUCUCUAUUACGCAGUCAAAGAUAAGAGUACACAAGACUGCGCGUUUAAAUAAAAAAAGUUUACUCAGCAAGCAUCUUAAUUAAGGUUACAUGUGGGUUACGAAGAAGUAUACUUAUACCUAAGUAAAUGCAUAUGUUUAUAGUAAAUACAUACCAUCGUAAUUGAUGUUGCUUAAAA